AAACAACGACAAGGAAGUUCAACGGAGAAGAAGUUUAUCCACUCUAAUCUAUAGGCUAUAGCCGUUUGAAAACCGAAAAAAAAUGAGCGAAGAGACGAGCUCCAGUAAAUGGAGCUAGCUUCGAAUCUCUCGGCUGCUUUCCCCGGCGAUAGGUUCACGGUCGCGACGCCAUCCAGUCUCAACUUAACCCGCCAUUUCAGCGCGAGGAAAGCCACUCAAUUUCUAUACAGUGCCACAAGCGGUUCCAACACUGACCAGAGAAGUAGUAGCCCGCCACUUGCCUUCUCGAGGAAACAUCAGCUUUUGAUCGACGAAAUUCAAAUCGACGAAGCUGACUAUGAAGAGGAAGAUGAAGAUGAAGAAGUUAGCGAGGAAGAUUCGCGUUUGCUGUCGCUCAGCGUGAAGCCUAACAGAAGCAUGGCUUUGCUUGACGACUACGAGAUGGAAGAACUCGACUACUCCGCUGACCCUAACCAUCGAAGUGGAUAUGUUGCUGUGGUUGGUAAACCGAAUGUUGGAAAGAGCACAUUGUCGAACCAAAUGAUAGGGCAGAAGUUGUCUAUAGUUACGGAUAAGCCUCAGACUACCAGGCAUCGAAUUCUUGGUAUAAGUUCUGGCCCAGACUACCAGAUGGUACUCUACGACACACCCGGUGUGAUCGAGAGGAAGAUGCACAAGCUGGAUACCAUGAUGAUGAAGAAUGUUCGGAGUGCAGCAGUUAACGCAGACUGUGUACUAGUUAUCGUUGAUGCAAGCAAAAUGCCAGAAACGAUUGAUGAGGUGUUUGAAGACGAAGGUGCUGGUAGUCUAAGAGACAAUGUGCCUAUCCUGCUGGUGCUGAACAAAAAAGACCUCAUCAAACCUGGUGAAGUUGCGAAGAAGCUUCAGGUUGCAACAGCAGCUAGACUUGACAUUGAAGAUUUCUUGCAGAAAAAAGUCUACCUUGAGGGCGGCGUGGAAGCGACGGGGGCCGGUUUCAUCCAAACCAGAGGACCCCAUUUCGUGCUGAACGGCGACCUCUUCUACGCCAACGGCUUCAAUGCCUACUGGCUGAUGUACGUCGCCGCCGACCCAACUCAGAGAUCCAAAGUGUCGGCCGCUUUCCGAGAAGCGAGGAGCCACGACCUCACCGUCGCCAGGACUUGGGCCUUCAGCGACGGCGGUUACAGGGCUCUCCAGUACGCCCCUGGCGCCUACAACCAAGACAUGUUUCAGGGGCUGGAUUUUGUGGUGGCUGAAGCGAGAAGGUACGGGAUGAAGCUGAUUCUGAGCUUUGCGAACAACUACGACAGCUUCGGUGGGAAGAAGCAGUAUGUUAACUGGGCCAGAGCUCAGGGCGGCGGCGGCGGCCUUGCAUCGGACGAUGAUUUCUUCACUCACCCUCUUGUUAGGACCUACUACAAGAACCACAUUCGGACGGUUCUCAACCGGCAGAACACAUUCACAGGAAUUCGGUACAAGGACGACCCAACAAUCAUGGCGUGGGAGCUGAUGAACGAGCCCAGAUGCACUUCGGAUUCCUCUGGCAGGACUAUCCAGGCUUGGAUAACGGAAAUGGCGUGGUUUGUGAAAUCCAUAGACAGGAAUCACUUGCUGGAAGCUGGUCUAGAAGGGUUCUACGGGCCAUCUACUCCACAAAGGAUGAAUGUCAACCCUCCCGUUCAAGUUGGAACUGAUUUCGUCGCCAACAACAGGGUUUCCGGCAUCGAUUUUGCUACAGUCCAUUCAUAUCCUGACCAAUGGCUAUCCAACUCCAACGAUGAAUCGCAGCUGUCAUUCAUGAACAACUGGCUCGACGCCCACAUCCAGGACGCGCAGUACGUACUUCGAAAGCCGAUACUCAUCGCGGAAUUCGGCAAGUCGUGGAAGGACGCGGGCUUCUCCGCCUACCGGAGAGACCAGCUGUUCAAUGCCGUGUACUACAAGAUAUACGCGUCGGCCAAGCGCGGCGGGGCGGCGGCAGGGGGACUGUUCUGGCAGCUGCUGACGGAAGGCAUGGACAGCUUCCGAGACGGGUACGAGGUGGUUCUGGGGCAGAGUUCGUCGACAGGGGAUUUGAUAGCGCGGCAGUCUCACAAGCUGUAUCAGGUGAGGAAGAUUUUUGGGAGGAUGAGGAACCAGGAGAGGUGGAGGAAGGCCAGAGCUGCGAGGAAGGGUCAGUGGCAGAGUGGUAGUAGAAAUGGCAGGAAGGGAGUUGGGAACUGACAGUAGCAAUUGUAGUGCGUUUUGGGGGGGAAAUUGAAAUGUAGAACUGUUGUUUUCGUUUAUGUGACUGUGAUGUGGUAAGGGUCCUUCUCUUGGAGAUGAUUGUUUAGUUGGUCGUCCAGGAGGGGCAAAGCAGUAUGUUGCCUUGUAAUGGUUUUUUGAGUUUCAAUAUGGAUGUGAAGAAGGAAGAAGUUUUGUUAGGGCUGUGAAUUGUUGUCGCUUGGCUCUUUCUCGCAAAAGCAACUGACCCGGU